UUACUUGUUUAUUCAUCAACAACCGGCAAAAGUUGUACCGCGUUUUAUUAUAGGGUAUUUUCAUACUAGAUAUUCAUUAUUUUAUAUACAAAAUGAAAGAUUUAAAGUUAAAGAUUAUGUACAAUAACGUGAUCUCACAAGCCAUUUCAGAAUCUGGCCGCUUUUUGUUCGCCGGUAACCGCUUUGGUGAUAUUUUUGCCCAAGACUUGCAUGACUUAGAAAAAACAGACACACCAAGAUCUAAAGUACUUGUUUUCCCGCAGCCUAGUCAAACAGAGAUUAACAGUCUCUGUUGUCAUCGCGAUUUUCUUAUAGUGGGCGCCAUCGGUGUUGUGUACGGUCUAUCAUGGAAUGAAGAAAAGCGAGAACUGAGCACUACACGUAAAUGGGAAGUGAAAAUACCGCUAGACGUGGAUGCCGUUGAAGUACCCGAUGUGAAUUUUCUAUGGUUACGCGCCGAAACCGACACAUUGUAUGCCGGGUGUGGCGAUAAUAUAAUUUAUCAAAUCAAUUUAGAGGAUGGACACAUUGUACGAGACUAUCGAGGUCAUUCUGAUUACAUACAUGGUGUAGCAGGUAGCGAUAGAGGGCGUAUCUUUUCAGCUUCCGAAGAUGGUACAGUUCGAUUUUGGAGUGAGCAACAAAAAGAGGCAACAGCAAAAUUAGAACCAAGUUCAAAUGCACAACUAAUGCGUCCGGAAUAUGGUAAAUGGAUAGGAGCGGUAGCUACUAAUGAUGAUUGGCUCAUAUGUGGCGGUGGACCAAAGUUUUCGAUUUGGCAUUUGGGAACUAUGGAGUGCAUGCGGGACUUCGAGUUUCCAGGAAAGGUUCAUGUCUGCGAUUUCGUCGAGGAAAACCUAUUUGUAGCCGGCGAGCACAGUCAUGCACAGUUCUAUGCCAUGAAUGGUGACAUACAAGCAAAUAUACCGUUAGAACAUACCGCUGCUUAUUCGGCUGUAUGGCAAUUAGAGCCUAUAAAAUUCAUGUCCAUUGCGGGCUAUAGCAAUAAGUUACAUAUUUUAAAUGAUUUCCGUUUCUUAGACAGUAAAAUUGACUUAUAUGGAAAUACUGAGGAAUAAGAAAUAUUUUGUAUAAAAACUAAAAUUUUUUUUAUAUUUUUAAAACGAUGGCAGAGUUAAAAUUGACUUAUUAAUACAUGUAUCAUUUGUAAUAAACAUUAGCUGAUACUCCUCUUUUCCAACA